GGAAACGAACAGUCAAAGAGGGGACAUCCAUCAGAGUGGGGCUUUCUCUCUCUGCGUUAUCAGCCGGCGCAGAGUGAAAUUUUCAACGCGAAAACUUUCAUUUUAGUGUAAACAGGAAAGUGAAUCGGGUGCCUUCGUAGGUGCCAUUGUGACGUUCUCUCGUGAAAAAACGGAAGAAGACAUAAUAAAAGAAAAAUUUCGAAAUCAUUUUUCGCUUUUCCCCAUUUUUCCCUAUUCUACAAUACAACCAACCACCACAUGCUUGCCAGAAAAACAUUUGAAAAUUCAACUACAGAUAGCAGCAUUACAUAAUACGGUCUCCUUAUCACUCUCACGGUGUCCCAAAGUGAUUAUAUUUCCCUCAUAUAUCGUGCAAUUGUGUGUGCGCUAGUCGACACCCGACUACGUGUAAUUUUUCGGUGUUUCAACUGUGAAUUAUAUUUUUCCCCAUACACUACCCAUCAAUAUAUAGCACAGAGAGCACGUUUUGUCACACAAAGUUUUGCAAAAUAAAAUAGAAGAAAAAAAUUCAACACACUUUCCGGCAUAGAGAGAAAGAGAAAAUGGCGAUUUUUGAUUAUUUUGGAGUUUUGUGCAUCAUCAUUGUUAUCCUACAGCUACUCCGGAUUGUCCUCCCGUGGAUUUAUGAGAACUUCCUGGGACCAUGUGUACUUGGGUGUCGUAUUAAAUUGAGUGCAAUGGGUGAAUGGGCGGUGGUGACCGGUGCGACGGAGGGCAUCGGAAAGGCAUACGCCAAUGAGCUGGCCAAAAAUGGACUGAAAGUCGUCCUUAUUAGUCGAUCACUGCCGAAGCUUGAGGCUGUUGCAAAGGAAAUCGAAACUAAGCACAACGUUGAGACAAAGGUGAUUAAUGUGGACUUUACGGGUGGUCAGGAGAUUUAUGCAACGAUCGAGAAGCAAAUUAAGGAGCUGGAGAUUGGGGUUCUUGUCAACAAUGUGGGUAUGAGCUACAGCAAUCCAGAAUACUUUUUGGAUGUUCCAAAUAAGGAGGAAUUCCUCCGGAAUCUCGUUACGUGCAAUGUAAACUCCGUGACAGGAAUGUGUUUACUCGUGAUGCCCGGCAUGGUUAGCCGGAAGCGUGGGGUGAUUAUCAACAUUUCCUCCCUUGCGGCAAAGAUUCCAAAUCCCUUGCUGACCGUAUAUGCAGCCACCAAGGCUUUUGUGGACAAAAUGUCGGAGGAUUUGCAGACGGAAUAUCGCAAAGAAGGGAUUGUCGUACAAUCAGUCCUUCCGGGAUUCGUCGCUACCAACAUGUCCAAGAUUAAACGCCCAACUUGGCUCGCACCAUCCGCUCAGCAGUACGUAGUAGCUGCUCUGAGGCGUCUUGGAAUUGCUGAACACACCACCGGAUACUAUCCACAUGCCCUGAUGAAGUUAAUCAUCGAUACGAUGGCUUUCUUUGCACCAGUCAGCACCAGACGCCUUGUCCUUUCGCAACUUGCCAAUAUUCGUAGACGUGCCAUCAAGAAGGACGCCAAUAAGGUGAAAUAAUCCCACCCUCCUUCACGUACAGAAAUCACCUUUCCUUGGGUGCUUUUGUUAAAGAAUUUAUCAGGAAUUUCUGCAUUUUCUUGCCAUUUUGGGAUUAUUUAUUACUUUUGGGAUUAUUUACCUGGUGAUUUAGCACUAUUUAUUAGCUUUCUCUAACGAAUUUUCCCCCCACAACUCUCUCUAAAACUACUUUCCUCUGGGACUUUACACACCUUUACCUCCUGGACGUGGCCAAAGAUUCUCUUCUAACGCAAUUUAUAGUAAAUAAGAGAUUAAAAAAAAAAGAAUGUAGUUUUGCGCAAAAUAAACUUCUAAACACCUAA